GCCACAGCGCCGGGAGCUGCAGGCGAAGCAGGGGCCGCCCCUUGGCACCCUGUCCCCGCCCCCGGCCCCCGGCCCAGUCGCCCACCCCACCGACUCGCAGGGCCUCUGGCUAGUUCCGCCGUCUGUCCGGCGCCAGCGGAGCAAGACAGAAGCAGCGGGUGAGUAACUCCGCGGAAUCGCGGGGGCGGGGGGCUUCUAUGCAAGAUGAGGAUGUAGGGUUCUGGGACCCCCUGAAGGUCUCCAGAGGUGGGUCGGGCUGGAACAGGGCCCCAGACCCCUUUGAAAGGCAAGCGCGGUGCGGAAGGGGCGGAGAGCUCAGAGAUGGGGCACCCCUCUGGAAGAAGGACCCCAGGUCUCUAAAAGGUUUCUCUAGGUGAACCUCUAGGGAUUGGUGAUCAUUGAGAAGGCUAGGGGAGGAAUAGUCCCAGCCCACAGCCCAACCCCGAAGCAGAGCAGCCGUCGGGUCAGGACCCACACUCCCUCACUCCCUCCCGUUGGCUCUUCUUCAAGGCGCCGGAAGAUGAAGCCCCAAAGCGCCCGUUUCCCGCCCGUCUCCCUGCCCUCCGUUCCCACCUUGGCCCACCGGGAGCCUCCAGUACGCUCUAGCCCGUUGGAGUCCUCUGUCCGCGACCUUGAGCCCCGACGGAAAACACCCCUGUUCUCUCCUGUUUCCCUUCCCCCUCUCCAGGAGUACCCUCUCUUUUACUCAUCCGGGGAGAUACAUCUCCCAGCCCUCCACCCUCCCAGCUCUUAGAGGAAGUGUUAGGCACAAUGAUUUGGCCCAAUAUCCAGCACCCCUCUCUCUUCCCCUAAAGUACAGAGGCUUCUCUCCGCCUCAGGAACAGUCCUGGGGGCCAUAGCUUUCCUGAAGUGAUCACUUAAUAAUCGAAAAUCUACCCCACGGGCGCCCAGAGCACCCUUUCCCGACUUGUCCCCAGCAGGGGUAGGGGCUCGAGAACCCGCGGAAGCACAUUGCCCACGCCCAGAGACUACAGGAACUGCGUGCCUGGGGGUUGAUGGGAGGGCGGGGCAUCGGAGAACCUUGGCCCUUUCGACCAGGACCCAGACGUGAUGGAGCCGGGAGAUGGGCCCAAGGCCACUGCCCACCUGUCUCCAGUUGGGUUCAGCAUGGCGAACUUCACACCUGUCAAUGGCAGCUCAGCCAAUCAGUCUGUGCGCCUGGUCACAACAGCCCACAACCACCUGGAGACAGUGGAGAUGGUGUUCAUUGCGACAGUGACUGGUUCCCUGAGCCUGGUGACUGUGGUGGGUAACAUCCUGGUGAUGCUGUCCAUCAAGGUCAACAGGCAGUUGCAGACAGUCAACAACUACUUCCUGUUCAGCCUGGCGUGUGCAGAUCUCAUCAUAGGGGCGUUCUCUAUGAACCUUUACACCUUAUACAUCAUCAAGGGCUACUGGCCCCUGGGUGCCGUGGUCUGUGACCUGUGGCUGGCCCUGGACUAUGUGGUGAGCAAUGCCUCUGUCAUGAACCUUCUCAUCAUCAGCUUUGACCGCUAUUUCUGCGUCACCAAGCCCCUCACCUAUCCAGCCCGCCGCACUACUAAGAUGGCAGGCCUCAUGAUUGCAGCCGCCUGGGUCUUGUCCUUUGUACUCUGGGCCCCUGCCAUCUUGUUCUGGCAGUUUGUGGUGGGCAAGAGGACAGUGCCUGAUAACCAGUGCUUCAUCCAGUUCUUGUCCAACCCGGCGGUGACCUUCGGCACAGCCAUUGCUGCCUUCUACCUGCCUGUGGUCAUCAUGACGGUGCUGUAUAUUCAUAUCUCGCUGGCCAGCCGCAGCCGUGUUCACAAGCAUCGACCCGAGGGCCCCAAGGAGAAGAAGGCCAAGACUCUGGCUUUCCUCAAGAGCCCUCUGAUGAAGCCGAGCAUUAAGAAACCUCCACCAGGGGGCGCUUCUCGAGAGGAACUGCGCAACGGGAAGCUAGAAGAGGCUCCUCCGCCAGCCCUGCCCCCGCCUCCACGCCCAGUGGCUGACAAGGACACUUCCAAUGAGUCCAGCUCAGGCAGUGCCACCCAGAACACCAAGGAACGGCCACCCACAGAGCUGUCCACCACAGAGGCCGCCACCACACCAGCGCUGCCCGCUCCUACCCUGCAGCCACGAACCCUCAACCCAGCCUCCAAGUGGUCCAAGAUCCAAAUUGUGACAAAGCAGACAGGCAGUGAAUGUGUGACUGCCAUCGAGAUCGUACCUGCCACGCCAGCUGGUAUGCGCCCAGCAGCCAAUGUGGCCCGAAAGUUUGCCAGCAUCGCUCGUAACCAGGUGCGCAAGAAGCGGCAGAUGGCGGCCCGGGAGCGCAAAGUGACUCGGACAAUCUUUGCCAUUCUGCUGGCCUUCAUCCUCACCUGGACACCCUACAAUGUCAUGGUCCUGGUGAACACCUUUUGCCAGAGCUGUAUCCCCGAAAGGGUGUGGUCCAUCGGCUACUGGCUCUGCUACGUCAACAGCACGAUCAACCCUGCCUGCUAUGCACUCUGCAAUGCCACUUUCAAAAAGACCUUCCGGCACCUUUUGCUGUGCCAGUAUCGGAACAUCGGCACAGCCAGGUAGACGGGCAGGUGCCUUAGGAGGUGCUGGUGUCAAGAGUGUGUACCGGGGAACCACAUGGCUCACCGGCUGUGGAGGAGAGAGUAGGCGGCCCCACUCUGAGUUCGCAUCUGCUGAAGAGAACAGGUCUCCCAGACACCGUGAGGUACAAGAGGCUCUUCGCUGGGAUGGGAGAGCAGAUCUCUACUGAAGCCUAGGAGGCUCGGCCCAGGGACGGUCUGAACUGGCACCACCUGGCCCAUAUCUUUUACCUUGCCUCAGGAAGAUGGGGGACGAUGGCUGGAGUGGGCAGUGGCUCUAUCAAGGCCAACCAUCGGUGGAGGUGGAUGAAUAGAGCAGAACUUGGGAGCAUCUUGAGAGGAGCAAAAGGAGCCAGGCUUGCAAGGGUGGGGUCCCCCGUUAUGCUGUAAUCGGUGCUUUCCGCCUUCCUGCGCCCUCCUCUCCCUUGCAUGUAGGCUCAGCCCUUCCCCUGCCCCCAAGUCCCACUCCAAGGUGAGGGACUUCCCUGCCACUGUUGCUCAGCCAGGCUCUGGAUGGGAAGCCAAGCCCUUUGGCACUCCCCUGGCCAGCAGUCAUCUGGACAGGGCAACUGGGAGGCCAUGCUAAGCCGAGAUACAGACUCCAGGGGACUGAAUCAAUUAAUGGUGGAUCUUAUUGUCAAAUUGUCAAGAACCCCCCCCCCCAGGUCACACAUCAAAUGAACAGCAGUGGGCAGUGUUCCUCUCUACCUCUGAGCGGAGGGAGGUAUGGGUCCAAGGAGGGAAAGGUGAUGGUGGGGAACUUGGUGAUCCAUACAGCCCACAGUGGCGAAUGACACAAGCAAGCACCCUCAUGGAUCCCCAAUGAGAAAAUUCCAGACUUGCAGUAGCCUGGACCAGAAACUCUUGAUGAGCUGGGACAGAGUUCAAGUGAGUCACCUAGGUCCCCUUCCCUAACCCCAGCCCUGUGGGUCCCUGGGAGACUUUUUUUUUUUUUUUUUUUUUUUUUGUAAAUGUUCUGCUCUUUUUCCACGAGCUGUAGGGAGCACUUCCUUCAUAGCCCUCAGCUCCCCUCAGUCCAUCUUUCCCCAUCUUCCCACCUCCGACAGAGCUCCAUGGCAAACUGGGAAGGGGCUUUUAUAUAUUAAAAAAGAAGCUUUUAUUGGAAAAAA